AUGCCUCCAGCCCAGAGGAGCUGGAGGAAUGGAAAUAAAAGUAAAUCGGUAAAACUCGAUAAUAAAAAGCAUGAAAGCCAUAGAAAAGAAAAUAAAACACGUCAAAAGAGAACAGUAAAUGAAGAGAUCGAAAAACCAUUUUGGGGUAACAGAGGCAGACGAGAAAGUGCUUCAGAUGAAACAGUUCCAGAUGUCCAGCUACCAUCAUCUAAUACACACUACCAUAAACAUCCCGGAAAAAAUCAAAAAUUACUUUUAAACCUCGAUGAAAACACGAGAAGAGAUGAUGUGGAUUCACCAUUUUGGGGUAAUCGUGGGAGACGAGAUUCUGAUGAAUCUGAAGAAAAUGACGUGGACCUAUUUCCGACUAACCGAGGUCAAAUAGAAGACGAUGAACCUUUUUGGGGUACAAGAGGCCGAAGAGAGGAAGAUUCUCCUUUCUGGGGUAACCGUGGAAGACGUGACGAUGAUGAACCAUUCUGGGGUAACCGAGGUAGAAGGGAGGAAUCCGAACCAUUCUGGGGUAAUAGAGGAAGAAGAGAAACGUUUGAACCCUUUUGGGGCAGCCGCGGAAAGAAGAAAAUUCAAAAUCGACAUAUUGAUAAUGGGGGUUUUGAACCGUUUUCAGGAAAUCGAGCUAUAUCGAAAGAAAAAUUAGCAGAUUCUAUUAUUGAAGCUUUUAAGAACGUGCAAGAUAAUAUGAACGAUAUAUCAAAAUAUAAGCGUAACGAGUUACAGACACCGUUCUGGAUGAGUAGAGGGAGAGAAAGUAAGCUGAAACACUUGUUCAGUGGAAUCGCUAGAAAUCGUUUUCAAAACUUGCCUAGCUUUAUAAAAGAAUCAACAAACAGCGAAGUGCGCCCAAAUCGUCAUGAACCGAAUACACUGCAUGACAACAGAAUCUAUGCUGAAGAACCAAGUUAUAUUCUAGUAGAACGAAGUAGUCGUUCGUCGGCCGAAGAGGAUCCCUAUUUUAUUUCAAGAGGCAAAAAGUAUGGUGACUUUGAAUUAGCUGAAGCUACUCGCGGUAGACGUGGAGCACUAGAAGAAAUAGUAAAAUCAGUGCGAAAUGAUCCUUAUUACAUAGCUAGAGGCAAAAAAGAUCAAUAUUACAUGAAAAUCGGAAAUUCAUCAUUGUCACGAGAUGCUUUACUCAAAACAAAGGAUCUGGUUUGUUCAACUGUUGAUCUAGUAUUGACGAAGCAUGAUGGAAGUAGGGAAAAAAGAGUGACAAAGGAUAAUGACAGAGAAAGACGGACAAUAUUGAAAAAAUUGGCUCAACACUUGCAAAUUGAUCCAUAUUAUGUUAGCAGAGGAAAGAAAAAUACAGAGUUGUAUAUCGGCGAUCCUUUGGAACAAUUUAUUAAAAACAUCGAAAUUUUAUGUAAUUGAUUUGUCUAGAAAUGGCAAAGUAACCUAACGAUAAACAAUUAAAUGUGCUAUGAAUUUCAAAAAAAUGUAAAAAAAAAGUUAUAUGAAUAGGCUGCAAUAAUUGUUAUGAGAGUAUAAUAAAGAUUCGUUAAUAAAAUAAAUUCAGUGCAAUUUUA